UUUCUGCGUCACUGAUUUGAGAAUGGGCAAUGCAUUUUUAACUUUUGAUUCCAAAUAUGUAGUACAACAGUGUUGUCCACACAGUGGGUCUCAGUAAAGGCAGCGAUGAUAGUGGAAUAUUCAACCUGAAGUCUGGGGAUGGUUCUGGGCCGCAAUCACCAUCAGAGCGGGCCCCGCAGGGCGUUAUUUUAAUUUUUUUCUUCCACCUAAACCCAGUGAGCCCUGUUGUGUUGGCUUCUCCUCUGAGACAGAAAACCCAGCUGAGGCUUUAACUGCUGGAAAGGCAAGUGGCCAGGUUGGGCCGUACCCCCCGAAAUGGCAAAAGUGGAAAGACAAAUCUGAGAGUUUGCCUAGACAUUCAGGACAAAAAAUGAACAAGAGAAAGGAUGAUGUUUCCCCUGAGAUGGAGAGCCAGUUUAUUCUGCGCCUACCUCCGGAACACGCCGCCACGGUGAGACGGAUCAUUCAGGCUGGAAAUGUCGGCUCCAAGGGCAGACUGACCAUCGAAAUACAUCCCCACAAGUGUCACGGGAUGGUUCAGGUGGAUGGCAGCCCCCUGGUCGCUAAGGUGGUUGACCUGCCAUGCAACAUAGAAAGCUUGAAGACCAUCGACAAGAAAACCUUUUACAAGACUGCAGACAUCAGCCAGGUGCUGGUGUGCACAGAGGAAGGAGAGGAAGAAGACCUCUGCCCUCCCCCGGAAAAAUCGCCUGUCCCCACAGACCCGACAGUCAACAAAACGGCUGAGAGAGAGAAGAGGUUCAUCUUGGACCAUGGCAUCUCAGGACCCCUGAAGAACGUCCGGAAGCGGCGGUUCAGGAGAACAGCCAAGAAGAAGUACAUUGAGUCUCCAGACAUUGAGAAGGAAGUGAAGAGGCUGCUGAGUACCGAUGCUGAAGCCGUCAAUGUCCGCUGGGAGCUUGUAGCUGAAGAGGAAAGCAAGGAAGCGGGGAAUCCCAGCUCCCUCCUGAGCUCCGACGUCCCUCCGGGAAUGUCUAACCGCAAGUCGGGCCACAGCUCUUCAGAACGUGAUAAGCUGCGUGAGUUAUUCAACGACCUCAGCAGUAGCAGCAGCAGAAGCAGCCGAAGCAGCAGCAGCAGUAGUGAAGAUGAGGAUGAUGAGAUCAAUAUCGAUGACAUGGAGGAGGAGUUGGAAAGGAAACUGGAGGAACAGCUGAGUGACCUGGAUGGGCAGGACCAGGAAAAGGAGGAAACCAAUUUGCUAGCCUUGAGGAUCCAAGAGCAGAUUGAUAAUCUGAAGAGCAAACUGCAGGAGAACGAGGUGAGGGCAAGGCGACAAGAAGAUCUCAUCAAGAAAGUGGAAAAUAUGGCACUUAAGGCCCGACUUGAAAAUGCGCUGGAGGAUCUCAGAAAGCAGGAAGAACAAGAUCAGCUUCAGCUCAACUCCCUGCAGGAACAGUUGGAGAGCAUCAUGCAGCAGUGAAGGGGUGGGAGGGGAGCUGGCUUAGGCCAAGAUGACUUCACCGUUUUCCUCUCAGUUGGUGUAGUGAGUCUCUCUUGGACUGAAGCUGAGAGCAAAUGUGUCUGGGUUUACACUUGGUUGUUUCCCCUUCCCACCUUCCCCACAAACCUACUCCAGAUCCUGAAAGAUUUAAAGGGGGAAAACCCCUAAUUCUUUGGACUUGGUAAUUUGAGAGGGCUCACUUGAGAGAUCAUCUCUAAAAUAAAAUGUCACUCUUCUUUUUGCUA